AAUAUGUCUUCAGGAGAGCUACCAUAAGAGAAGAAAACCUUAUUUUCUACUUUGGUUUAAAAGAAACAGGCAGAAACAGAUGCAUAGAAGAUUUAGAAUAGAAUUCUUUAAUUAAAAAUGGAACAUGAAAAAGUUUUAAAGCAUAUUUAAUAAGAUGAAUAAAGAGCUGAAGAAAUUUAUCGUCAUAGAGUUGAAAUCUAAAUAAAAGUAAUGUUCAUCUUUAUCAAUAUAUUUAGAAAGAAAAUAAAAUGAAAUAGAAACAAGCAUAACAACCUCCAUUCUCCUUAGCUGUUUCGCAUCACUAAAGAGAAUUAUUGAAAAAAAUAAAAGAGGAUGAAUUAUAAAAAAAGAAAUCUGAAGCCAAAAUUUUUAGAGAAUAAUUAAAGUAAGAUUUUAAGAGUGUUCAAUUACAAAAGAGUUUAGAAUAAGAAGGCUACCGUAUUAAAGCUAUAUAAGUGAAAGAAGAUGAAAGAUAAUCUACACAAUUAGCUGUUGCCAAAUUAAAAUAAAAAAGAGAAAGAGUAAGAUAUGAAAUUGAAAACGAAAAAGAUAGAAUUACUAAAGAAAAGGAGUUAUAUGAUUUAAAAAUAUAAGAAUUAGAGUAACUUGAAUAAUUAGCCAUGAUGGAUUUACAGAAUUCUUUAGCUAGAUAACAGAGGGUUUAAGAGAAGAUUUAAUAAGCAUAAAAACUAUCACCUAGAGAUUAUGAAAAAUAAUAUUAAAAUAUUGAGAAGGCGAGUGCCACAUAAUGA